AUGCUCGGCAUGAUCUUGCUUGUUGACGACGACCAGCGCCGCACCAACAACGAGAUCGUCAACUGCAUGCGCAUCCUCACCCGCGUGAUUCCAUUCAUCUACGAAGCCCAGCACCUCAGAGACUGGCAUGACAGCUUCUUCUGGGAGCCCCGCCGCCCAUGGUCGGCCGAACCCAAGCGAGAAAUACGAGAAGACAUGCACAUCGGCAAGCCACUUGGACAAGAGACGUUGGAGAUUGUCACCAACUAUCUCUUCUUCAGCGGCAUCGGCAGGUUGUCCUACGGGACUGCUGACCCUCUUCCAGCAGGUGGGAAGCACGAGAAGAACCAGCAAGAGGUCAUCACGUCGACAGGCUGCUUGUUGCAGCUUGGCGUCGUGUUAGGGAGCAAGCAUCACUCUCCCGCCGGCUUUUUCACCGCAAGACACCACGUCGCACCGGCGGCGUGCGCCGCACGAAGCCAUGAACAACCAUCGGCACCGUUCAGCACUCCAGAGUCACCCCCGACCACGCACGCAUUCUGGAAGCAGAUGCUUGACAAGUACACCUUUGUCGGCGACGGAUUCGUCGACUUCACCGAGUCUCGCUACAUCGGCAAUUUCCUCGACGCCUGGAUGGGCCAAGAGCGGGAGCCGGGCCACCAGCCAGAGAAGCAUUGGCACAUUGCCGUCUCUGUUGGCGGCGCCUGCAAAGAGAAGUGGAUUGCAGUCAAGCUGCUUGCUCGGAUACAACGUGCGAACGACGAGAAGGUGUGGAAUCGUGUGGAGGCUCCAACUGUCGCAGCUCGCACACCAGCCGAGGUCGACGAGUUCUGCCGCGUCAACCAAAUCAUCAUUCAAGGUCGCCGUGUGCCAAAGUCAGUCGAGACCUUCGACGAGGCUGGUUUCCCGAACUAUGUCAUGAGCGAGGUCAAGGCACAAGGCUUCCCGUAG